GCCCAUUCACCAUCUGCCCUGCCGGAGCUUUCAACAACCACAACAGCGACGACCAACUCUGCUCCUGCAAUGGCCGAUCGGACUUCAAACAAUAUGCUGUUCGCGAACUUUAACCAGGACUUCACGUGUAUAUCUGUUGGUACACGGAAAGGCUAUAGCAUAACGAACUGCGAUCCAUUUGGUCGCGUAUACACCAUGAACGAUGGCGCAAGGGGGACUGUAGAGAUGCUGUUCUGCACGUCACUCAUCGCGCUCGUCGGCGCGGCGGACCAGCCACAUUCAAGUCCUCGGAAGUUGCAGAUUGUAAACACGAAGAGGCAAUCCAUGAUAUGCGAGCUGCUCUUUCCGUCGUCGAUCCUUGCCGUAAAGCUGAACCGCAAGACGCUAGUUGUUGUCCUAGAAGUCGAAAUCUAUAUCUACGACAUCUCCAAUAUGCGACUGCUGCACGUAAUAGAAACUUCUCCUAACCCUGAAGCCAUUGUUGCACUGUCGCCAUCUUCGGACAACUCGUACCUCGCAUAUUCAUCGCCGGUACCCUCACCGACAUCGCUUACACAAACCAACUCCGGGCAACCACCAGCCACUACUGCGGCGCAGACUGGUGACGUCCUCCUAUUCUCGACGCGCUCGCUCACGACAGCGAACGUCAUCCAGGCGCACAAGUCGCCGAUAUCCUUACUGUCCAUCAAUCAGUCCGGGACGAUGCUCGCCACGGCCUCGGAUAAGGGUACCGUUAUUCGUGUCUGGAGCAUCCCUGGAGCGGAGAAGCUAUACCAAUUCCGCCGUGGGACGCGCGAGACCAAGAUCUACUCUAUAAAUUUCAACCUCGUCUCUACGCUGCUCGCAGUUAGCUCCGCCCACGAUACUGUGCACAUCUUUAAGCUUGGUCCGCAAAAGUCUAGCUCUGGAAAUAACUCGGCGAACUCGAAGUCGCCGACAACGCCGUCCAGCCCGUCGAACUCGAUUGACAGCCGGGAAGGCACAAGUGGUCUUGAUGGAGGUUACGAAGCGUCGAGCCUCCGACGUCGAUCGCUGCAUCUGACGAAGAACUUAACGUCCUCCGUAGGCGGAUAUCUCCCAAGUGCUUUAACGGAGGCCUGGGAGCCAACACGCGAUUUUGCCUCCCUCAGGCUACCUACCAGUGGUGCCCGAUGCAUAGUCGCGCUAAGCGGAACCAUGCCCCAGGUCAUGGUCAUCUCAUCCGACGGCUACUUCUAUUCAUACAGCAUCGACCUGGAGAACGGGGGCGAGUGUUCGCUGCUGAAACAGUAUAGCCUCAUCGAUUCCAACGACGAGUCCUCGAACGACUGAGCCACGCGCACAGCGCUCUGACCAAUUCCCGUCGGAAUAAUAGUUAUUGUAUUUGUAGUGUUGUCCACUCAUUCAUUGUGAACACACAGGGACCGUUUCAUAUUUUUGUAGUACAUGACUGUCUGAGUUGGGAACUAAUCAUUUUUCCAGUAAUUGUCGCCGUAAUUGAAGAGGAUCUCUUCGCCUUUCUUAAUCUGGCGGACUAGGACUGCGGUCGAUGCGCUGCUCGUUAGAUUCACGAAAGAUACUUACGGGCGUAAAAUGUAACUUUGUGGUCGCCGUUCACGAGCUUGACUGUGAUCCCGGUAAGCCUAGUUUCAACGGAGGCAUGCUCUACGCGACUUACCCCUGGGCUCGAUGUUGGCCUCUUCCACCGAGUGGUUGAAGAACCUCAUCUCGUUACCGACGUUGGCUGCGUCGGCGACGACCGAGGUGUUCAGAGAGAAAGAGUAGUUGUAGCCCGUAAAUUUGUGCAGGAAACUAUGGAAUGCAACCAAUCGGGUGCCACUGAGUCGAGACAUAAACGCAAGGUGGGAAGCUUACUCCUUGGUAUCGACAUAAUACCUGGUGUGCAUGAAGAGCUCAGCGAUGUAUUCUGUGUUAUAC